GUACAAGAGCCUGAAGACGUCAAGCAGCGUGGAAGAAAAUACGACACAGUCCUCGGAGGCUACCCGUUGAGACUCGGAGUAUUUUCCGUUCAGGAAAACGACAAUGAUCCAGAUGGAGCUAGCUUGUUUGUCUUGAGCUGUUCGAGAGUCGAGACGGACCAGGGCCGAUCCGUCUUUGAUCACCAGGAUCCUGCUGUACGAAGGACAAGCAAGCAAGGGAGCCCAGGAACAACCUCGUUUACCGCUUUAAUGGAUUUCAAGACAGGUGAAAGGCGCGCUUUUAUUUUAUUUCUUUCAAUCCCCAGCUUUACGAAGAUUCUAGCGAUCGCGUAUCUCGCGGAUACAGAGCCAGAGCUAAAGCCGUUCCUGUCCGAGACACCAGAGGAUGGUGCUGGGCGGCAGAGGCGCUCACAGAUCAAAGUGCAUCAUUCUUGGCCAGGUCUCUACAAGGCUUUCUUCUUCUCCAUCCUCACCGAUGAUUUCUCAUUGUCUCAUCACACCAGUCUUGUCUCUCGGGCUAUUGUACUCAGCACACUUGUAUCCGAAUUUUCUUACCAUUUCCCACCCUCGUUACCCCUGGUACCUUGCAUACCGAGACGCAGCCCGCACUGA